UAACAGAGAAUCGGUCACCACACGGAGCCGUUACUCGGGCCCGGGGCGCGGGAGGACUCCCGGGCCCGCCGCCGGCGCCCCGCCGGGCAGGGGGCGGGGGGAGGCCGCGGCGGGCCGGGCGCCCCCGAGGCGGGGCCGUGCCCCCAGCAGCCCCGGCGGGCACAGAGGGACCUUUUGUCUUUGCCCGUCCCCGGGGAGCCGAGCGGGGCGCGGGCGGCCGGGCCGGGCCGGGGGCAGGGGCAGGUGGGAGGGAGGCGGCCGGGCCGGAGGGAGGCCCCGGCGGGAGAAACGCGUCCCUCGGGAGGGGCUUCCAGUGAUCGCGGCCGAAAACCUGAGAGCAAAUCUGGGCCCGGGGCAGAAAAACACCAGGGUGCCCUCCCGCCGCUGGCGGGACCGGCGGGCCUGGCACCGCUCUCCUCCGCCCCCCGCGAGGUGAAUCCGGCCCGGGAGGGCAGAGGGGGGAGAAGGGCGGCCAGGCGCCAAAGGGCAUCGCUCCCCUCUCAAUGUCACAGGCGUCUGUCGCCAAGUGGUGGUGGCCACCGAGGUGUUGGUAUCUGGCCGGGUGUCAGAGCGAUUAACUGUGACAGCACCGCUUUGGCGAUGGUCACCGCCAUCCCACCCACGUUCCCCCUCUCCCUGCACCGGAGACGAGAGGGGGAGAUGCAUCCUUGCCCCGCAGUCCCCUGCGUGGCCCAGCAGCGGGGCUCCCGUCCCUGCGCUCCCCACGCUUCCCCUGGGCAAAAUCCAAGGCCCCGAGCUCUGUCCUCACUCCCGUUGCCUUUUGGGAUGAGGGGCAUUUCCACACCGCUGACGCAGGCAGGAGUGGCGACAGGUAACCCACCUCCAGACCGGGAUGGAGACGCAUUACACUGCUUUACUAAGGAAGUCUUUUUAAUUCCAGGUGAAACAAAAACUCCACUCUUCCUGCUCUGCGUGAGGGUUUUAGCUCUGACGUAACUUUCCAGCCAAGUCAGGUUUCCCCCUGCUGUUCUGUUCUGAACCAAAACCAAAAAAUGCCCAGCUUGAUUCACUUCCCCGAGGUAUGUUGCCACCUGUGUGACGCCAUCCGCCCCAGAACAUGCCGUCUUUCAGCAAAGGCCCCAAAAGAGCGUGGUGAUACAUAUAAAACACCGCUUCAUCAGCAAUCUGCUGCAUUUAGGCUUAGAAAAAGGCCCUCUGAUCCUGCGGCCGGAGACAACUGAAUCGAGCAGGCAAAGUCCACCCCAAGCUCACAACGGGAAUCUGCUACUGACAGUCUUCUAGGUAGCCCCAUGCAUGGGGCAGCACCACCACUGAAGCAGCCCAAAGCAUCAGCUUUUAAAAGGAGGCAGCAAGAGAGCCAGCGAAGCCCUAGAAGCCCCUCUCCCAGCCGCUCCUUUGUGUCUGUGCACAGUUCCCUUUGUCUGAGGUCCCUCUGACCGAACUCCUUGCUUCUCAUUUCAACCAAAGUCUUUCUGUACCUGGGCAUAACUCACCGGCCCAGACCUGAGCCACCCCAUGGAUCUGUUUCUUCCCUGGGGAGGAGAGGGCUGUGAGCCCAAGCUCAGUGCUGUGACAACAGUUUAAAAAGCUGGUUCCUAGAAACAGUUUCAUUCCUGAAGUGUGAAGGUCACUGCAACAGCACAAACAAAAUGGAGGCAAGCGGGGGUUGCAGUGGCCUUCCGAAGCCACUCGGCGCCUGACAACCUACGGGUCAAAUGAAAACCGCAUCAAGGGCAGAAAAGCCUCAGUCUGUGUCAUAGCACAGGAAAAGGAUCACGAGCCAAGUCAGUUUAUCCAAUUCACAACGCCCCCAAGACCUUUCACAGAGGGAUUUUUGGUUCGCACGUAGCAUGACCAUGAUGGCCAUGGCAAAAUUAGCUCGGAGACACCUUGAGGGUCAUUCUACCCAUUCUCCAUGCAAGGUUGCCCAGCCAACUGCCAAUCCCACCACCUCCUCACACGCAAGCACACACGGGGCACAGGUGACGGAAAGCAGAAGCCACAUACUGUCACUGCUCCCCUGCACCUGGCCAGCACCUCUCUCUGCCCCUGAUGUACUGGAGCAGGAGCCAGAACACUCUCCCGGCAAUCACCUAGACCUGGGUUGCGAUCCCACCCCAAGAACCAGAAACAAGAUCCGUACAUGAGGUCUGCACAGAGCUUCUAAGCACUCCCAGGGGAGCUCUCAGCAGAAACCUGAAAGGUUUCCCAGAACUAUCAGUAACACCCUCUCUGCUCACUCUACCAAGAAACUUUUCUGCCCUUUCAGCAGUGCCUUUCACCUGUGACUUAGUGCCCUCAAAGCCCAUCCACUAGAACAGCAGGUGAGGCUGAGGCUUGUGCCUCACUUUAAACCAGUCCGCUACAUAUCAGACAGGGCAAUGGGGAACCAAAAGCAUUCCAAGGGACAAGCAGGCCCAGCGUGCCCUUCGGUGGGAGCCUGAAGGUCACGCUCUCCUCUGCUGGCUUUUGGCAUUACCCAACAGCUCUGUAACACAAUUUCCUUCCAACAGAUUUUCAGCGUUUCACAGAGGUGUGGAAGCAACCCUUGUGCUCAAGAGUGGGAUAAAUGACCCUGGGAACGGGGCUGACCAAGGGGAAGCUCCUUUCUGUGCCCUUUGCAGGUCACAGCAAAUGCACAUCCCGCAGUGGAGUAAAACCCUCCCUAACGAAUAAACCCACUUCACACCAUCCGUGUGUCUGCACCCUCCCUGUCCCCUUUCUCCCCCAGUCCUUGUCUGAAGCAAGUUAUUCUCUGAAGGGAGAGAAAAGGUUAAUCAAGUCAUUCCCCUCUAACCAUCACUCCCCUGACUACCACCACCAGAACUCUUUCUCUGCCUUCCCCUCCCCCUAAUCUGUGCAGCCUCAUUAAAAGAGCUUUGUAACUGUUUAGGACUGGAACAAACAAUCCAUCCACUUUGAGAGGGACUCUGGGACCAGAGUUAAGACACUUUUCGUCUUAGGCACUAGAAAUUCUCAGCGGUUUCUACUUAAGCAGGGGGGACACGGGACUCACUGCACUCCUUCUCCAUUGUACAUGCAGACAGAGGUCAGUAAUACUGCAAGCUGCCAGCACAGCCGAGGCACCUCUGACACGGAGCAGGACGGACAGGAGAGUGGAUUUGGGGUUGCUCACGAAUCAGCAAACCCCUCUGAGAUGUCAGCAUGGGCUUCCCUCUCCCCUUCUCCCAGAGGAACACUCCUCGCAGCCUGUCCUGGGAGCAAGGCCUGGAGCAGCUCUGGGGAAGGUGACCCGCUGUGUCCUGGCUGCCUGUGGGCUGGGGAAACAGGUUCUGGUGGCUCCCCGUCGUGGCCUGGCGCAGAGGCACACCAAAGGCAGGGAGCCUGGUGGGUGUGCGAUCAUUAGCAGUCUAGUCACAGGCUUGCUCUCCCUCCCUCGGUGUCUGAUCGAUGCCUGUUCCCUAUGGCAAUACAGCUGGUGUAUCCAGGUCCCUCCACAGUUCAGGGCAGGAAGCGAAGAGUUCCGAGACCCUCAUCAGGGGUAACCUGCCACCCGGCUGCCGCCAAGACCCGCAGACAAAGGAAGAUGAGGAACGACAGACCGUCCCCCAUUCUUUAGGAAAAGAGGGACUGGAAGGGGACAACAACACAACCUCCCUGACCCCAUGGGGAGCAAGGACUGCGCACCGCAGCUCAGCAUAGGCAAACAGCUGGGAGGGCGGCACUGCAAACCACCUUUUCCUCCCUCUCCUGCACAGAAAGGCUAUCGCCACCAAUGGAGGCAGACACCUGUGGCAUCAGAACAGCCCAUCCCCAACCAUGACAUAAUUUCCCACUGUCCCAGCCUUGCUGCAGGAGCUACUGUAACAAUUUCCUCAGUAAGGAGCUAUCCCCCUGCCACCUUCACCAGAGGAGCACCAUGAUUCCUGUGUCCCUCUUCUUUCUCCUUCAGGAAAGCUCCCUGACACACGCUGGGACCACACUCUCCCAGCUCAGCCUCUGCCUGAGCUUUUAUUUAAUGCUCUCCAAUGCGCCUGGCUAGCCAGAUAGGUUUUAUUCAGCACAACAGCCAGAUUAACAGUACAGAUAAAUAUUAUCAUCAAAGCACAAAACCCUAGUCCCAGCGUGAAGAGUCAUGCCUUCUGCCAUGCCCAGAGUCAUCGUCAAGCUGCCUACGUGAGAUCUGCUGGUAUUUCUAACGUUCCCAUCACCGUGGUGCCUGGGUGAUCAACGGACAAAUAAGGACAGAACCAAAGGGCAGACCUCACCAUCGAUCCGCCUGAGCACUUAUAUGGCCCGCAUCACCCGGCUAUCUGAACAUCUCACAGUCUCUCACGUACCUAUCCCCACAACAUUUCCCCCUACCACGACCGACACCCCCUAAUUCUUCCCUAGUAUUUUCCCCAUGAUUAUCCUCUUUCCUUUCCCAUCGGCAUCAUCCUCCUGCCUGGGAGAAAAGGCAGCAUGAGGCUUUUACACGACUCCUGAGGGCCGACAGACCUGGACUCUACCUGAUCAGCCGUUUCCUUCUCUGGGGAAGAGGAAGGGGAGGGGAGAAGGAGCAAGGGGAGGGUUAAAGGGUAUUAUCACUAGACACCCAUACAGAGUUGUCUAACCUAUAGCCGGGGAACAGACACUACUGUACGAGUUCACUGAGGAGCCAGGGGGCAAAGAACCCCCGUUUUAGGUGAUGGUGGAAAAACUCUUGGGAGGGCGGAAAGGAUUGUUCCCCGAGCUGAGGCUGGCAGGCAAGAGCUGCGCUGUGCCACACGCCAGGGAGAGGUGCACCUCCGCUCCCAUCGAGUACAGCCCAACGUGCGGCUGUCACUGGAGAAAGUAGAGAUAUAACAGGGUAGAAACAAAGCGCGUAGUGCCUGCAUGACUUCAGUUACAGCUGAAAUGGCUCCUAAUUGGGGAGUUACCUUCCAGCAUCGGUGCUGAACAAACAAUGUGAAUAACUGAUUAGUUUGCAAGCAACGUUUAUUUUCACGAUUGCAGAUCAUCUGGCCCACAUUCUCUCCAAGGAGAAAUGGCAGGAGAGAACUAACCUGUUAUAGCCUUUAAAACGUAAUCCAUGCCCGCCUAGCACACAGCCACUUUCACGUGGGCACUCUGUCUAAACCCCUUAAUAUCUCUUGGCAACACAGCCCUCUUGACUCUUUAGAAAACAGACAGAUUUAUAGGACAGGUUUGUACAGAAAGCUGCCUUUCUUUUUCCUUAAAAAAAGAGAGAAAGAGAGAAAGAAAGAAAAGAAAGAAAAGGAGGGAGAGUGGGUUUCUAAUCCCUCAGGAAUGACAAUGAGGCAAAAGUAAAAGUGACUGAGGAGGAAGAGAAGAGAAAAAUGCGCGGGUUUGUAAUCUCGGUGCAGGAGACACGUAUUUUGAUUAAUUUUUUUUUCAGUCUGGAAGAAAUUCAGAAUCCAUUUUGUCCUCUUUGAUCUCUAUUUGUUUUUCCGGCUAGGUAUUUUGAACUCCACUCGGCGGCACGAACCCGAGCUGGGACCCAAGGCAAAUACCGCCGAAACACCCUUUUGCAAUGUCAGGAGACCCGAGGACGGGAAGGCGAGGCUGAUGCAAGAAGCCAGCGCGCUGCCUCCCUGCCCCGCGCCGCGCAGCGCCCCGGCCCCGCCGGCACCCCCGGCCCCGCCGCCCCGGGAGCUCCGCGCCGGGGGCGCGCAAUGCGCGCUCCCUCCGCACGGGCUGCCGGCUGCCCCGGGGGCCCGCGAAGCGCCGGGCAGCGCUCGCCCCCCCGCCGCAGCGCUGCACGCACGCACACACACACACGUGUGCGCUGCAGGCACCCACCCGCACCCGGUGCCAGCGGCGCGGCGGCACCACACCGAGCAGGACCUCGGGUGGCGGACAGAGUGGAAGUCCAGACUGGCAGAUUCCUAGGGCUCACCGUGGGCUGGAGGAAGGAGAAGGGGAAAAAGACACCGAAGAAAGAAAAGGCCAUAUUAUCAUUUGAAAGCAGGUAUUCCAGUGCUGUGCCACGGACUCCUACUGACACAGGCGAAGCGUUGGCUCUAUAGAGGCACCUGCUGGCUGAGGGAAACACACGAAAUGACAAAAAAAAAAAAAAAAUUAUCUUUGCUUUCGGUAGAUCUUAGACCUCUUCUUCCCUUUGUUUAUUUUUUAAAGGUUUUGUGUCACCCGUUAGUGCAGGAUGCAGGGAUGUCACCCGGGUCACACCGAUCCCGAGGAAGGCUGGGAGAUGAGUGACGGGUCUGUCUGAGCAAGGAGCGACUCCAGCUCCCAUCCAGCGCCUCCUCUGCGUAAGGCAGCGGGGUCAUGCCCCGCACCCCUGGUGCCCCCGGCCCUCCUUCUGGGCGAGGGGAGAAAUCCAGCCUAGCUGAAAACUGAAAGAGAAUAUAAUCCCUUUCCCCUCAGGGAUCACGUUUCUACAGCGGAGUGGUGGGUGUUGUUCAAACAUUGCAAAAGAAUCCCUUUUUCUUUCCUUUCUCUAUUUUAUUUUAUUUUUUAACUGAUUGUUGCAGAGGGCUUCUGAGGAAAAAUAUCCAUCCAAAUAGCUGGAGUUUCCCGUAUUCGGAAUGCAAUUGCCAAAAACGUCCUUUGAGAGAUAGGGAGAGUUCAAGCCCCUCCCUGGGAUAAAGAGGGAAUAUUUCACUAACUGAAGGUAAAGGCAAAUGAAACUUCCCGGAGGCAGGAACCGCUUCCGACUCUGUCACAGCUCACAGUGAGCAGCUCCCUCCUUGUGCCAGGCCUCAGCACUUCAGAUCAGCAGCAAGCAGGUAACUCCGUCAGUACUUUUUUCUCUUCAUUUGGUAGAAAGUCCUAGGUGCCUUUUCCCCUCUCACUAGGUGAGCGCUUUAUGAAUGAAGGCAGCUCUACUGCAAAUAACUUGCAAUUUUAACCCUCCCCUGUAUGGACAAUAUCCCUUUGGCUGCUGCACCACCACAAGUCCCACACAGAAGUCUCACAAAAAAGAUUAAACCCACGAGUGGCAAGGGGUAGCGUUAUCCCCUUAAAGCUACAAUGUACUGUAAAUAAUGUACAGAACCCAGCUUCUAAAAUUACCACUACGGGAUUGCUCAUCUCGUUUUACGUUUCAUGUGGAUCCUGUGAUCUUCCCACCUGCCAACAUCCUGUUACCAGGAAAGCGGUGUAUGUGAAGUUUGUGCAAAUGGUCAUGUACUUGCUUGAAUUCUGGCACCAGCAAGGACAUUCAUGUGCCUCCCAUGUUAACGUUACACCGUAAUAAAUACUGACAUUGCUAUAGAAUCCACAGCGUUCGUGCUAGGCACCGCUCACCAAAAAAAGCAAAUCAAUGUGUUACCCAGCUACGCUUCUUUAUUAGCCUUGUUAUCUUUCCCAUGUCAAUGGCUCCAGAGACAGAAAGAAAGAUGGCAUCAACAGGCAGGAUUUUAAAUACGGAAUACCUAAAAGCACAAGCUCCAUGUUCAGGCACUUAAGGGAAGACGCGUGAUUUGCAAAGAGGCUGGGUGAUGACUUAUUUGGAGCUGUGAGACGAUGAGAACUUUUAAGAGCCUGACCAUAAUUUAGGACUUCAUCUUGCAGAUUGAAUUCAGUGGAAGCUUUGGCAUUGACUUCAAAGGGCACAAGCCCUAUUUAGGGGCUCAAAAUACAAAAUUAGGAGCCUAAAUUUAGGCAUCCAUUUUUUAAUACCUUGACCCAUGUUAGUAAUACUCUUCGUCUAAUCCCUUUAUUUGACCUGAAAAGAGGAAUGUCAGUAACUCUUUACCAACUUACCUAAAAGAACCUGUGGCUGACAAGGGGGAAAUGCAAGAAACGCAUUCCCUGCACUUUGUUUAUUUUUUUCUCCCCUCUCUCAGAUCCCCAAAAUAACAGCUGGAGCAAUGCUAGCGGAGGAGCUCAGGCCCACUUUGAAAUUGGAACAGGAAAUGUGAGAAAUGUGGACGUUAAAAAACAAAUGAAACAAUAUUUUCUUAGAAUUCCAUCUUGUGGGCAAGUCUGGGGGGAAUCUGGAUUUGGAUAAUCUAAAUUAGGAGAGAAGUCAGGGAAACAAAGAGUAAUUUUAAAUAUUUUAGUGCCAGAGCUAUUUCUUAACACACAGCUCACUCUCUGAUUUCAAAUAUAGUCCCUCAGCGCUGAGCCUGGAGGACAGCAUGAGGAAAAUCGACGUCUUGAUCUGGCCUUCUAGCAGACAUGGAAAAAAGGCCAGAAUGGAGUGAGCUGUUGAGAGAAGCAGCCAGGUGAACGGAUCCUAAAUGUCCUGAGGUAUUUCAGGUGCUUCCUUCCCUGUAAGAAAUCACAGGGAGGCAGAUGCAAUAGCCAGGCUAUGGCCGAGUUGUCUGCAGCCUGGUCACAAGACAGUGAAUCAAUUGACCACACGAUCCUUAUCGUUGUGAUUAUUUUUGUGUCGGUUGCACUAACAGGGAAGGGAGCAGCUGUAGGUAUAACAAAAGGUUGCUCCUCUGAGAUGCUUUGCCAACGCUCCCUCUGCUGUGGUAUAAAUAGAAUACAAGCACCGGGCAAGGGCAGCGCUAGGCUUGUAUUUGCAAGCAUAAGAGAUGCCCAUGCACCACCCACUGGCUGUUUCACUUGCCUCUUGUCGCUCAGAAGUUUGUCCAAAGAUCUUCAGCUCCUGGAAAGAGAGAAAAAUGCUCACAAAUGCACAGCACCAUCACUCGCUGGUUCCUUCUGGGUUGAUUUUGUACCCUGGGUGCUUCUCCCACAGUCAAUAAAGACAGCAGGCUAUGAGGAGCUGCUCCCCUUUCCUCACUCACCAUCUCCCCUACCCAGUCUCUCGCUGGAUCUUUGCAUCAUCCUUUUGCAGCAAGCAGCAGAGGCAGUGACAAGUGAAUGGAUGUCACAGGACAGGUCCUCAGCCAUCAGCAGGAUUGUUUUAAUAUCUACAGAGAGAUCAAGAGACUCAAACAGCUUUUUUCAUGCCGAAACUACAUGUAAUGUCAGCCUAAGGGUACAUCAGACGUCUUGACCCUGACUUAUACAUCCCCGGCUAACAGAGCUGGUAGGAAUACACACACACGGUUACUGUGAUAGUACUUCACUAUACACUUACAUCAUGGUCCCUGGAGAAGCAUCUGAUGGGGCAGUCUUACGUAUUAAAUAAUUUUCUGGAGGGGAGAAUUCAUUUGGGCUCAUUUAUUAUCAUUUGUCCUGGAGCUCGUAUUUUACACUCCAAACAUAGGGAGUGGGUGUUAUUCAUGGCUUAUGUGUCUAAGAACCAAAGGCUGAUUUCAGAAAAGCUGUUCUGUUGUUUGAGGUUGAUCGCUUGAUGUUUGUCCCAGGUGCUGGACACAUGUUGCUUGCUGAAGGAGGUAUGACUUGGUCUCAGAUUUCAACAUUUUGGUAACUACCAAACAAAAAUAAAACUAAACUCAAGCAUGCCUAUCCCUCCCCUGCAAAUCAAGUGGCCGUUAGCAAUAUUGACUUGAACAAUAAAUAAACCUAUAGAACAAUCACAUCAGAAUCACACCGAUGACGCAUCAAAUGAGUAUGGUAACAGAGGGACACAGCAGUUGGACAGUCAGCAUGUGCAGUCCUCCACAAAGACAACCAAAUGGGACUUCAGACCAGAGGAACCCGCAAAGCAUCUAUUCUGUGUGUCAUGGGCCACAAAGUCCCUCCCAACACCUCACACCACACUUCAGAGCUGUAGCAAAGGUCAAAUACCACAAGCGUAAUGCACCACAGAAAGAGAGAAGUGUGCAAGGCUCUCCCCAAGCCUCAGCAGUGGCAGGCUGUGAUCCACGCCAGUGCCCCACACAACUGUCAGAAGCUGUCGGUGCUAACGAGGAAGGUAGCACACCCCAGCCAGUGGUGUCUAUUUUAUCAAGGGAAAACUCCCUCCUGCCCACAGAUCUGGUAGUUGGAUUAAAUGCUGGGGACAUGGGGACAGGAUCACAGAUAUACCUUGUCACAAAUCAUGUAUUUUCUCUGGCCACUCACUCACCAGUGCUCCCCUGGAAGGAAGAAACCACAGCAGAAACCCAGCCUCCUUCUCCCUCCAAGGCAGAAGAAAACCUUCCUGCCUCCCUUCAGGCAGUGCGGGAUUAUUGCCACACGGGCAGGGUGCCAACAAGCGCUGACCCAACCUCCUCUCAGAUCUGCUUGGCGGGACUCAAAAGCCCCUCUACAAUGGAAGGAGGAGAUUUGGGAGUUGUAACUUCCUUAGGGUUAAAAGCUGGUGAGCAGCUACCAGCCAGCCAUUUGUGGUUCCCCAUUCCAGGGUACCAGAGGGGUGUGAAAUGUGUAUGCACCAAAGCAACACCUGUGCCUCUUCCCCAGCAAUUAGGGGCUGAGGCAGGGAACCUCCCCAUCCCCAUAUACCACUUCCCCACCAGUGAUUCUAGACCUCCUUGCACCAUUUCCUCCUCCCACCUCCUUUCCCACAAGUAACUCAUGAUCAUCCCAGUCUCACCUCCACGAAUGACCUGGGGCCUGACCCUUCACAAAAACCUGCCCACUCAACUGUGCAUGCUAGAAACCCCAACCAAAGGAUGCUCCAAUCAAAUCUACAACUGGAUGCCAGUUAAAUGUUUUCAUACUUAUGCUAGGUUAUUAUCUGAUGUCUAAACCACAAACCAUACAUAAAAUUGUAAAGCUUCCAUCUCAGAGGUGUAUUAAUGUCUGGCUCUACACUCUGAAAACAUGCAAUUUUUUUAAAAUAGCAGACUUCAAGAAAUUGUUUUGGAUAAAUGGAAAUUUGAUAACUCUUUUGAAUCACAGUUCACACAAGAUAGUGUUUCAGUUUCAUCAGGACCUUAAGUAAAGCAUAUCGAAUACAGGUCAGUGAGCAAUUUCAUGAGAGCACAUUGCGUUGCUCAAAGCAGGGAAGUUUUCUUAAAUUCCUUCUGUCUCUGGACUCAACAGAUGCCAACACACCUUGGUGGCUGUCUGCCCAGAGCCACACCUUCACACCCCAAAAAAGGCUGGGCAAUACUCCCAACUAAUAAAAGAUCAAAACAGGGGCAAAUAGGCUGUUAGGAGGUUCCUAAAUUCUCCAGCUCUUGGUCUCCCAGGGGAGUACUUUCCAGCUCUGGAACUGAAAUGCAGCCUGUAGAGCAUUUCUCAAGAACAGAAUUCGAGAGCUGCCUUCCUCAUCCUUGGCCAAGCUCAUCAGCCUCGUCCUUGCUAAUUGUAAUUUCUCAAAUUCCUUUUGCCUCUCAGCAUUUUGAAAGCAAUUUCUUAGGGCAAAUCUUAGAAGGAAGUUUGGUCCAAACAGCUUCAGGUUGAGACCGCUUCGCUAGUGUCAGUUCUGGGAAAACUAUUUACACCAGUAGGACAAAACAUAGCCAAGGCUUAAUAUGCUCGAGAUGCCAGAAAUGCCCCCUUUCUUACAAAUAGGAUAUUCAUAAAUAAAACUACUUUUGAAGAAGAUUGGCAAAAUCUGAAUUGGGUAAUAGGUUUUCUGAUGUCACCAAUUCACAGAAAGGUCAGUAUUAAAAGCCCAGAUGAUUUAAAACAAAAACCGCAGGGGCAGCUACUCAUACAACUGCCAUCCACCAACAAAAUUAAAGUUCAAACAUAUGAUCAGUUUCAUCAUUGCCAGCUUAUUUUCUGCUCAUCUAAAAAGAAAUGUUAUUUCUGGAACUGAGCUAUAGGUCAAAGAGCUUAGCUUCUGACAUCUAUAGUUUGACAGAGAACUUGCUUUUCAGUAUUUUCUGUAUUCCCAUAUAUGUUAUUUUUCUCCUCAAGGGACAGUAUUAAGUCUUCCAAAGGUUGGUGGAUGGAGGAAGGGAUGUGAGUUUGCAAAUCAGCAGUGAAUCUAAGAUAUUAUCUCUAUCCUGGUAGCAAAAAAUAUAGUGCAGGUUUACUCCAUCCCCUUCCCUUCGUGACGUUUCACGAGAGUUACAUUGUGGGUGGAUUAGCAUCUUGCCCACUCACAUCUUAUCCAUCUGUAUCAUGUUGCAGGGCAGCACAGGACCAUCAGGGCAGCGCUCCAGACCUGCAUGGGGCAGUGCUCUCUUACCAUUACAUUGUGAGGCAGCAGCACUCCGAAAGAGCAAGCUGCUUUCCUGGUAAAGGAAAAUACACAGUCCUUGCCCCCAGAAGACUUGCUAUGAAGUACCUAGCAGCCUGGUUUCCCUGAAAGUGAGCCACAAAACAACUCUUAUAGCAAGGCAUUUAUAUCUGGAUAGCCCAUGUCCAGAGCCAGCCAAUUUGCAGAUACAAGAGAAGCAGGCUGAGUUGAGCAGCUUCCCUCACCCUUUAGAAAUAACAGCAUGCCUUUCUCCUUUCUCAUUUACCCCCCCGAAGUUUCAAAAGCCCUAAAACACGCUCUCUACCCUGGACUAAAUGCCUAAGCUGCUUUACCUUUUAAUGCUUGUACCCC